CUCACCUCCGCGCCGCGCGAGAGAGCGCGACAGAGGCCCGGGACUCCAUUCUCUCUUCCUUUCUCCUUUGGGGCUGGGGCAACUCCCAGGCUGGGGCGCCUGCAGCUCAGCUGAACUUGGCGACCAGAAGCCCGCUCAGCUCCCCACGGCCUAGCUGCUCAUCGCUCUCUAUUCUUUUGCGCCGGUAGAAAGCCUUGGAAUCGCGGACUGCGCCCAGUGACAGACUCAAGCUUACCUUCCCUCUGACCCCGCCGUAGGAUGACGCCUCAUCCCUCGGGUGCGUCCACUGUCCAAGUGACCGGUGAGACGGAGCGGUCCUUCCCCAGAGCCUUGGACGACGAAGUGACCUGCCCCACGUCCGCUCCGCCCAGCCCCACUCGCACACGGGGGAACUGCGCGGAGGCGGAAGGGGGAGGCUGCCGAGGGGCGCCAAGGAAGCUCCGGGCACGGCGCGGGGGGCGCAGCCGGCCUAAGAGCGAGUUGGCACUAAGCAAGCAGCGACGGAGUCGGCGCAAGAAGGCCAACGACCGCGAGCGCAAUCGAAUGCACAACCUCAACUCGGCGCUGGACGCGCUGCGCGGUGUCCUGCCCACCUUCCCAGAUGACGCGAAGCUCACCAAGAUCGAAACGCUGCGCUUCGCCCACAACUACAUCUGGGCACUGACUCAAACGCUGCGCAUAGCGGACCACAGCUUCUACGCGUUGGAGUCUCCGGCGCCGCACUGCGGGGAGCUGGGCAGCCCAGAAGGCGGAUCCCCCGGGGACUGGGGGUCCCUCUACUCCCCAGUCUCCCAGGCUGGCAGCCUUAGCCCCGCCGCGUCGCUGGAGGAGCGCCCCGGCCUGCGGGGGGCCACCUCUUCCGCCUGCUUGCGCCCAAGCACUCUGGCUUUCUCAGAUUUUCUGUGAAGGGACCUGCCUGUCGCUGGGCUGUGGGUGCUAAGGGUAAGGGAGAGGGAGGGAGCCGGAGCCCUAGAGGGUGGCUGAUGGCGGCGACCCUCAAAAGCACUUGUUCCUUCUGCUUCUCACUGGCUGACCCCUGGCUGGCCCAGGCCUCCGCGGGGGCUGCAGGCUGGGUUCAUUCCCCGGCCCUCCGAGCCGCGCCAACUCACGCAGCCCUUGCUGCCCGCGCGAAGUGGGCAUUGCAAACUUCGCUCAUUUUAGGCCUCCUCCCUGCCACCACGCCAUAAUCUCAUUCUAAGAGUACGAGAAUGGUAGCACUACCCGGCCGGAGCCGCCUACCGUCUCGGGUCGCCCUACCCUCACUCAAGUCUGUCUGCCUCUCAGUCUCUUACCACCCCUCCUCCAAUGUGAUUCAAUCCAAUGUUUGGUCUCUCAGCGCUUGCUCCCCUUGCCCUGCUCCAAAGACGCUGCCGAUCUUCUCUACUCCCAAUCAGGUCCGGGGUUUCAGGGCGCCUCGCUCUGCCUUAAAGCCACGAAGGCGACCCUCUGCCUUCUCCUCGUGCACUUUUCGGAGCCAUUGCCCUCCCGGGGCGGAAGACCAGGCUAUGAACUGGGAAAGCCCAGCCCGGCCAGGGAGCACCUCCCCAGCCUCCCUGCGAGCUGCGCCUGAAACGUGAGCUGCGCUGCAGGUGCCUGGAGCACCGCGCAUGUUUUUUGUUUUGUUUUU